CCCGAAGUCCAUCACUGCCUAAUCUCCACUUCUUUCCCCGUUUCGCCCCUCCCCUUCACCCAAUACUUCAUAUCUGUCCAUCCCUCCCCUCCCCUCCCCUCCCCUCCCCUCCCUUUUUAAUUCCCAAAAGGUACCCGAAUUCUAGGGUUCCAAAUUUUCCAAUCUUCUGCGGUGAAAUUCCAAUCCAAUCUAAAAAGCUCGCGAAAAUGGAAUCGGAGGAUGAGUUAGACAUGCAAGACGCCCACGACGACGACGAUCAGGACGUCGUAUCGGUCGACAAUGACGAAGACGACUUUUACAGCGGCGGCGAUGACGAUGGCACUACCAACACCUUUGCUUUCGACAGCGAUGACGCUGACGUGGCAGAUUACGAGUUCAUCGACAAUGCUUCUGAUGAUUCCGACGAUAUCGCCUCACACCGGCACCAGCAAAACUAUACCAUUUUGAGUGAAAUGGAUAUUCACCAACGACAAGAGGAUGAUAUUAUGAGGGUAGCCACUGUGCUUUCCAUUACAAAGGUUGCGGCUAGCAUACUGCUCCGCUACCAUAAUUGGAGUGUUAGUAAAGUGCAUGAUGAGUGGUUUGCGGAUGAAGAGAAGGUUCGAAGGGCUGUUGGCUUAUUGGAGAGACCAGUUGUUGAAUAUCCAAAUGCUAGAGAACUGACUUGUGGGAUAUGCUUUGAUACUUAUCCUUGUGAUAGGAUUCAGGCAGUUGCUUGUGGUCACCCAUUUUGUAAUUCAUGCUGGGCAGGUUAUAUUAGCACAUCCAUUAAUGAUGGUCCUGGAUGUUUGAUGUUGCGAUGCCCGGAUCCAUCUUGUGCUGCUGCUGUUGGUCAAGACAUGAUUAAUAUGUUAGCAUCUAAUGAAGACAAAGAGAAGUAUUCUCGCUACUUCAUCAGAUCUUAUAUUGAAGACAAUAGGAAGACCAAAUGGUGUCCAGCUCCAGGGUGUGAUUAUGCUGUGGAUUUUAUUGUUGGCAGUGGAACCUAUGAUGUUACUUGCCGCUGCUCAUAUAGCUUUUGCUGGAGUUGUACUGAAGAAGCUCAUCGUCCAGUCGAUUGUGGUACUGUGGCGAAGUGGAUAUUGAAGAAUAGUGCUGAAUCUGAAAAUAUGAACUGGAUAUUGGCGAAUUCCAAGCCUUGUCCAAAAUGCAAGCGGCCAAUUGAGAAAAACCAAGGCUGUAUGCAUAUCACAUGCACACCACCUUGUAAAUUUGAGUUUUGUUGGCUUUGCCUUGGUGCGUGGUCAGACCAUGGUGAGAGGACUGGUGGUUUUUAUGCGUGUAAUCGCUAUGAAACAGCAAAGCAAGAAGGAGUGUAUGAUGAAGCUGAAAAGCGAAGGGAGAUGGCCAAGAACUCCCUAGAGAGGUAUACUCAUUAUUAUGAAAGAUGGGCAACCAACCAAUCGUCUAGACAAAAAGCACUAGCAGACCUGCAGCAGAUGCAAGCUGUGCAUGUAAGCGAAAAUGAUUACCAUCGUUUGUUGGCCAGUGAGCUGCUUGAAAAGCUGAGCGACAUACAGUGCCAACCUGUGUCACAGCUGAAGUUCAUAACAGAGGCAUGGCUACAGAUAGUUGAAUGUAGGCGGGUUCUGAAAUGGACGUAUGCCUAUGGAUAUUAUUUACCUGAGCAUGAACAUGCUAAGAGGCAGUUCUUUGAGUACCUGCAAGGUGAAGCUGAGUCUGGGUUGGAGCGACUUCAUCAAUGUGCAGAGAAGGAGCUACAAGUUUACCUCAAUGCAGAGGGUCCAUUAAAGGAUUUCAAUGAGUUCCGAACAAAACUUGCUGGACUGACCAGUGUGACUCGGAACUACUUUGAGAAUUUAGUUAGAGCUCUAGAAAAUGGUCUGUCGGAUGUGGACUCCCAAGGUACCUGCAGCGUGACAACAAGCUCAAAGAACUUGGGAGGUGGGAGCAGUAAGGGGAGAGGUGGGAGGGGCAAGGGUACUACAUCAAGAUCAAGUAGUUCCAAUAGAAAUAUCGAUGAUGCAGGCCGUUGGUCCUGUGAACACUGCACAUUUUCAAAUGUCAAGUCAACCUCCAUCUGCCUGAUGUGCCAUCAGCGCCGGUGAACCUCGUACUCCGGGAAAAUUAUGCCACCUGGAUACAGAUAUAUCCGUUUUGCCUCUGCUGGCUGGGCGGUUGAUAUGGUGAAGCAUCCUCGAUGGAAUUUCAUGGAGGAGGGUUUUCAAUUGAUCACUCGCCUCUGGAAUUAUUUACACGAGGAAGUAUGUUAAAAGUACGGGUGGGAUGGAAAUAGGAGAAAUAACGGUACUCUGUCUCAGUGUCGUGUUGUUGGAUUAUGAGAUGUAUAUAGGUUAUGCUGUUUGCUGUCACACUUGUACUGUGGCUAUAUCAGGAUCCAUGCAAAAGCAUUCAUCUGUAAUUCUAGCUGUAGCAAGCUCUAAGGCUCCACGGCAGUUGUAAGAAUGAACUAGCUAGGGGACAAUAAGUUGAAUUGGCCCCUGUAUGAAUAUAAUAAAUGCUUUUACUAUUUAUCUUUGUUUACAAA